AUGAGCAAUAAACCCGAAACUACAGGAUUAUUUUUCCUGAGGAAGUACAGACAAUUAAGGCCAAAAAUCCUGAAGUGGAUUAUGGAAGGCGAACUGCAAGCUCGCGAUGUUGUUAUUGCCGUUUUAAAAUCUGAAAAAGUUAAAAACUUGGUUAAUGUUGCUGCUUAUGGUGCACCUAUUAAUUCCAAAUUAAAAUUGAACGAUCCUCAUGCGGCUCUAUUCCGUGAUAAUAUUGCGCUAACUGGUAAUCUUGCUAGUCGUACAAGUGCUGGCAUAGCUGCUCAGUCAGAACUUGAUGCAAUGAAAUAUUGUGAGCAACAGUUAUUGGUGUUAAGUCAAAAGAAGUCGAGAUCGCCAUUUUCAAUUAAUGCAAGAACUCGACAAUGCAUGAACGAAAAAAGAUUGAAAAGCCACAAACGACAAACGCCAAUGUUAGCAACAUGUGAUUCUCGCUUUCAAGAGAAAAUAUUGGAAGCUGAAACAGCAAGAGACCAAUUAGUGAAAGAUGUCAAGAAGCUAAGAGAAACUUUAGAAGAGGAACGCGUAGAACAGCGUAAAAAAAUCAACAUAAUACGAAAUGAAGAGCGGAAGCGUAGCGAGGAUUUGGCUCAAAUAUUAUCUGAGGAAAAGCAACGUGUCGAUACAAUAGCUGAUGAAGAAGGCUUGAAGAAGAAAGAAAGAAAUCGCUAA